AAUAUUUUCGGAACAUUUUGUCCCUCAUGGCGCACCAUAAUUACGUAACAGCUCAUGGUGGACGUGCCGAAGGAGAAGAGUAGGGAACAGGUUAUUAAGCUAGGGCAAAAUAAAGAACACAGGUGGAGAGCAGGAGAGGCCCUCCAGGAUGGCCGGUGUGCUCUGUGGCAGAGUCAGACUAGUAUCGUACCUGCCAGGCCUCCACGUUCUUGUGAGCAGGGUCGCGGGUGUCAGAUCCUUCUCUGCUGCAGGGUCCUCUGGCUCCGAUGAACCUCACCUGGCGUCGGCACCCUUCGAUAUGGGGCCCAGAACCGUGUGGCCAGAUGAGAAUAUGGGCCCAUUCGGACCUCAGGACCAGCGUUUCCAGUUGCCAGGCAACGUGGGUUUCGACUGCCACCUACAGGGUACUGCUGAGCAGAAGAAAGUUCCAGUUCAUAGGACUGUUCCAGAUGUACUGUCUGCCCCCUCCAGCAGCGAGAGGCAUGAGUUUGUGAUGGCACAGUUCAUCAACGAGUUUCAGGGAAAAGAAGCUCCUCCUGUAACUCAGAAAGUCGGCAAAGCGGAACAGUACUUCGACACCUCUAAUGUGGAAUGUGCCAUACAGUCUUGCCCAGAGCUGCUAAAGAAAGAUUUUGAGUCGAUGUUCCCAGAGGCUCCAUCCAAUGCCAUGACCGUCGUCACGGUGACCCAGAAAACCCAAAAUGACAUGACGGCAUGGUGCGAAGCCGUGGACGAGGAGAGGGAGCAGCUGCUGGAUAGGUUUGUUACGGGUGCUAAGGAGAUUUGCUACGCGCUCCGGUCAGCGGGAUUCUGGGCCGAUUUUAUAGACCCCGGCUCUGGAUUGGCGUUCUUUGGCUCCUACACUAACAACACACUUUUUGAGACGGAUGAGCGGUACCGGCAUCUAGGCUUCCGUAUAGAAGACCUGGGCUGCUGCAAAGUCAUCCAGCAUGCACUUUGGGGCACGCAUGUGUUUGUGGGGACACUUUUCACCAACGCACCUCCCAACAGCCUUGUGAUGAAGAAACUGCAAGGGAACUGAGGGAGGGGUUUUGGGGGCCUUGGACGGGUCCGGGCUGGCCGGGCUGGCGAAAGCCGGCCUUUUAAAAAGCGUCACAGUAUCCGAAAUACAGUCAAGCACUGUUUUUGUAACCUUCUCGUUUCAUUUCUGUGCUUUUGGUAGAACUUGAAUAUAAAAAAAAUAUAUGAUCCUUCAGACCUAUCUAAGCCAUUUUUAAGAGGAGUUGCACACAUCAGUCUCCUUAAGGUUGCUUGGGUUGGCCUUAUAUUAAUUUAUUGUAUUCAUGUUAAUUUCAACACGGAGCUAUGCUGUGUGUUCACACGUAAAUUUUUUGACAUUUUAUUCAAGCUGAAACAGAUUCAUUUUGAAUAAAAUAUGGUCUUCUGAUAAGAUGGCUUGACAAACUACCACUAAGCAACGUUGCCUUAUCAAUAUUACCCACAAUGCAUCUGUGUCCUUAAAGAGACCCCCCUCCCAACUUCAGGGUCAAUGGGUUCUUGUCCAGUUAGUGAAGGUGCAAUCCAGGAUACGUGUGAUGCUUAGAAAUGCUGGAAUUAGAAAGAGGAAACACUGUUAUUCUGUGAUAUUGAGGGAUUUCUGCAGAUGUGUUUCCGUGUGACGAUUCUUUCAAUGAAACAUAAUAAACCAAAAUCACCAAAAAUAAA